UGAUAAGUCCCCCUCCUGCCUUCUUAUCAUCAUCCCCACCACCACCACCUCUACCUCUUUCCAUUCAACACAUAUACCAGAAAUUCAUACGCUUUAUAGUCUCAUUCAAUCUCACCCCCAAAAAAGGGUCAAUUUCUCCUCCUUCUCCUCCCCUCUCUGCAAAUGCAGGGCCAUUGUAGAGAUUGAACAUCACCCUUUUAAGUUUUUAACCAAUUGAUGACGAACCCACUUUACCCAAUUGGCGAAUCUCGUGAAUCUAUCUCCGCGCGGGAAACUUACUGUUUUGGAGCGGCAUUCUAUGAUCCCAUUUUGGUUUAAACUAGCCGAAGCUGCUUAAAGAAAUCAGAAAUGGCAUCUGAUCUGAAAGCUAUACUAUCUAAGAGAACAGAAUUCUUUAAUCUUAAGCUAUGGGAUGUGAUAGGGAUAUUCGUUGCCUUAUUCAUUUUAAUCAUCCUCUUGAUGCUUUCCUUCAUUCUUAUUUGGCGAAAGAAAUCGAAAAGAGGACAUGAAAUUACAAUACCUAUUUAUUAUGUUCCAACUGUGUCAAAGGAAAUCAGAGAGAUCAGUGUUGAUCAGAAUUAUUAUCCUUAUGUUGAUAAAGAUUCAGAUGAUAAACCCUCUUCUCAAACAAGUUUAGAGAAGUUGGGAAAUGCUGCUAAUGUUGACAGUAAAUCAGGAUCUUUGAACAAAUUUGGGGAAGAAGAAGAUGUAACUGCUCCUUCCCCUUUAACUGGUUUGCCUGAGGUUUCUCACCUAGGAUGGGGUCAUUGGUUUACGCUUAGGGACUUGGAAAUCGCUACAAAGAGAUUUUCAAAGGAGAAUGUAAUUGGGGAAGGUGGAUACGGGGUUGUUUAUCGUGGAAAUUUGGUUAAUGGGACUCCUGUUGCUGUCAAGAGACUUCUUAAUAAUUUAGGACAAGCUGAGAAGGAAUUCAGCGUUGAAGUUGAGGCUAUUGGCAAUGUAAGACAUAAGAACUUGGUUCGGCUUUUAGGGUAUUGCAUUGAAGGAACUCAAAGGCUGAUGGUAUAUGAGUAUGUGAAUAACGGAAAUUUAGACCAGUGGCUUCAUGGUGGGAUGUCGAAUAGAGGUGGUUAUUUUACUUGGGAGGCUCGUAUGAAGGUUCUCCUCGGAACUGCUAAGGCGCUUUCGUACUUGCACGAAGCAAUUGAGCCUAAAGUGGUUCAUAGAGACAUAAAGUCAAGCAAUAUAUUAAUAGACGAUGAUUUCAAUGCUAAAAUAUCUGAUUUCGGUCUUGCCAAGUUGCUUGGUGCUGGAAAGAGCCAUGUCUCAACUCGAGUAAUGGGUACUUUUGGGUAUGUUGCUCCUGAAUAUGCAAACAGUGGUCUUCUAAACGAGAAAAGUGAUGUUUAUAGCUUCGGGGUUGUUCUUUUGGAAACAAUCACUGGACGAGAUCCUGUGGAUUAUAGCCGCCAGGCACAAGAGGUAAACCUUGUUGAUUGGCUGAAGAUGAUGGUGGGUAACAGAAGAUCGGAGGAAGUUGUUGACCCAAACAUUGAGAAUAGACCUUCGACAAGCUCCAUUAAACGUGCUCUUCUAAUUGCUUUGAGGUGUGUUGAUCCAGAUUCCGAAAAGCGACCAAAGAUGAGUCAAGUUGCCCGUAUGCUUGAAUCCGAGGAGCAUCCCAUACCAAGAGAGGAUCGGAGAAGGCAGAGGAGCAAUCCGGAGAGUAAUGAUGUGGUUAAGGUGGUGGAGAACUCCGAUGCAGAUAACAGAAACCAACCCACCCGAGAAUGAUUCUUCGCGUGUAACCAUCAGAUUCGACUAUUUUUCCAUAUGGGGUUUUCAUGAUCAACAGCUCUAUAAGAAGAAAAAGAAGAAAAGGAUAAUACAUUGUUAUAAGUUGGUACUAAUAAUAUAAGAGUGCAUAUUUUUUCUCUUUGAGAGAAUGAGAGAUUUGAUUAUUGUGUGUAAAAUGGCAUUUGAAAAUAGAAACAUUGAUAGCAUAUAUAUAUGUAUAGCCAUGCUUGUUGUUUAAUGUUAUUAUAUAAUACUUUAUACUA